AGAAAGGAUAAUUUAAUUUAAAACAAAGAAAAAUAAGAGUAGGGUAGGAGCUCUCUGAAGCACAGUUACUGAACACAGGAAGAGCAUAAAGUUUUGUGAGUGCUGUUCCAUCAUUUUCUUAUUAGUGAACAUUUUAAUCACAUUGAAAACUUUUUGACAUAGCGUAAUUUCUAUUGUAAACUGGAUUCUUGUACAGAUGUCAGUGCCCUUAAAAAUUACUAGGACUGCUUCCAUGAUACACAGUAUAAAGAGGGCUGGCAAAGUUUCGGCUAUCAACAUAAAAAUAACCUGCAACAUUUACUCUGUGUAAGGGGAUCAUUGAUAGUAAGUAAUUCUGCUGACAGCAUGAGAGCUUCUAGGCUGGCCCUGAAGCAGAAUGUACAAAAAAAUGGUUACAGACUUCACAAGUGAUGCAUCCUUCUCCCUAACUGCACUUAUCCCACCCUGUUACAUUGUUUUUAUAGCAGUGAAUUGAAACAUGCCUUAAAAAAGGCAAUUAAGUAUUCCAAGCACCUCCUCCCCCCCCCCCAAAAACACAAACAAAACCAACCCAACAAAAAAUGAACCAAUAUCAAGUCUUUGUCUUUCUUUUAAGGAAGAUGUCAAAAAUAGGGAUCUCAGCAGAGAUUAACAGUCAGGUCAGAAUGCCCAGUCUUGGGAGUAACAGCUGUGACAACCUCCAUAGCAACUGGGAAACACUGGCAGCAAAAGGCUCCAUGUGUCCAACAGGCAUUUCUGCAUUCAGACUGAAUCCAAAUGGUAUAUUGUUACCAAUAGCAGGUCACAGCCGAGUCCUGCAGGCAGCAGCUUUUCCAAGUAUGGCUCGUUUGGAAGGGUCCCUGCCCAGGGGUCACAGGUGCCAAUGGAUCAGCCGCUGUCUCCCCUCCCCUGGCCCAGCAUGGAAGAGCCUGGGGGAAUCAGGAGGCACAGACAGCAAUGUGCCUGUGCUGGCUAGAGGGGUACAAGAUGGAUUUUAUUACCCUGGUAGAGUAAAAGAGGAGAUAAAGAGUGAAAGAGGCAUGUUCCUGGUAGAGUUUGCCAAACCACUUGUGUCAUGUGGAAGGCAUGCAGUGUGUAUGCAAAAAACAGCACAGGAUGACAUCCUGGAAUAUGUGAAUGGGAUGAAGCACUCCUUGCUCCCUGGAGACAGAGUGCUGGCACCCUGGGAGCCAGAUAGGUCCAGGUAUGGCCCAGGAACUGUCCUCAGAGGCAUUGAGACAAGGGAUCCCUUACGAGCCUCAGAAGAUGAAGAAAUUACAGUCCAGUUCUGGAAUGACAAGCAAGUGAAACUCCCCCGUGGUGUGGCUCUGUGGAUCCCUCCUGGCCUGUGGGAGAGGAUUGUGGAGAUGAUCCACAUGCCCUUCACCAGCAGGGUGAAGCCCAGACCAAGCCAGGACUCUAACUCUUGUAUUUUUCCCUGCAGCCCUAAGGCAGCCCUGAUUCCUGUUUGUGCUCUGUGUAGCCUUGCCAAGCACUGCUUGCUCUGCUCUCCCUGCUGGCCACAUUUCCACCACCACUGUGCUGGUGGUAUCUGCUGUUCAUCAGCCUGGGUAAGGUGCAUCUGCUGCUGCCACCCCUGUGCUGGUGCCUGGUGGCCUCUUCCCUCCAGGUCUCUGGUCUUUCAGGACAGAGCUGAAGAGGCAGAGUCCAGCAGUGAGUUCUCUCCAGGCCUUCUAGAACUGAAAGGCACAAAACAAAGAGAAGCUGCAGCUGUGGCAACGUCUUCUCCCUCUUCUGAUUCAGAGAGGGACCUGGAGCCACCCCCCACUAAGGGUACUGGGGGGGACAGUGCUGUUAACACGGGCUCCAGCUGUCUUGAAAAGCCCAGGCUAAAGAAUUCUGCAAGACCUGAGGAGGAAUACUGGAAAAGAAGCCACCACAAGUCCCAUUCCAGUAAUUCAGGACCUGGAAGUUGUACAAAGGCAGAGCUGGAAUCCAAAGCCAUCUCCACUGGAGACAUGUCCAGUGUGGCCCCAGCUCAGCAUAGAACAAUGUUUGAAACCAUCAUGCAGGCUCCCAGAGGGCAACUCACAAUGAAAGAAAUCCUAAGAGACCAAGAUUUCAAGCCAUCAUUGGGGGAAGAAGGCUUUGCAGCAUCAGAACAGAGAUACAAAGCAGCAUCAGAUGAUAAAUGUGAAGCCACUUGUGUUGGAGAUGACAAACCUGUCAGACCCUGUUACAGACCUGUUACAGACCCUGUCGGAGCUCACCUGCAGCAAAGCAGAGAGAGGCAUGAUCAACCAGAAUUCAGUACAUGUACAACUGAUCAAGUUCAGGGGCUGAAAUUUCAGAAAUGACUGAAGCAGUACUGUCUUGGCUGAUGCAUAAAUGUGGAAGUCAUCCAUUGCUUGUUCCAACUUCAAUACUCUUAACAGGGCACAAGAUAGACCCAAAGAAUAAUUUAGGUUGGAAGACACCCUUAGGAUCAUAGAGUCCCACUGUAAACCGAGCACUGCCAAGUCACUGGUAAGGAUGAGCCUCACUACACUUUGUUUUGUCUUGUGUAAAACUCUAUUCUGCCCCAGUUGUUCCAGGAUUAAGUGGUACUGUGUAUGUAGUGCUUUGAAAUGAUAAAGGAGUUGCUUAAGAGCUAAUUACUUGGUGUGCUGGAGUACUGUUUUCUCUAAUUUAAUUGCAGAUUUAGGCUCUGUAUUAGCCCUGCAGGCAGUGAGCUCCCUGCUGAGUUGGGAUAACAGACCCCUAAGAGCACAAACGGAAUGGAAUUCUCAAGAGUUCAGUGCAGUAGCUGGGCUGCAGGGCUGUGCUCACACGGAUGGGCUGGCAGAGGCUGGCUCCACUCUGCCCACCCAGCAGAGCAGUGACAGCUGCCAGCCAGAGCCAGCGCCAGAACAGUGGAGCUGUGCACCUGCACACCAAACCUCUCCAUUUCUGCUCAGCACACACAAAGAGCUGAGUCCACCCUCCUUACCCAGUAGCAACAUCCCAAAUCCACUUUGGCCUGGUUUUGUCUGGGAUAGAGCAAGUUUUCCUCCUAGUAGUUGGCAGAGUGCUAUGUUUUGGAGUUGGUAGAGUACAGCGUUGAUAACAAAGUGGUGUUUUGGUUAUUGUUGAGUAGUGCUCACCCUAAGCCAAGGACUGCUCUCAUACUCUGCCAGUGGGGAGGUGCACAAAAAGCUGGAGGGAGCAGGGCUGUGACAGCUGACCCAAGCUAGCCAAAAGGAAAUUCCAUACCAUAGAAUGUCAUGUGUAUAAACAGGGAGAGUUGUCUGAGGGGCUGACUGCUGCCUGGGCACUGGUCAGUGAGUGGCGAUCAACUGUAUUGUGCAUUACUUGUUCUUCUUGGAUUUUAUUUCUCUCUCCCCUUUUCAUCACAAUUAUUACUGGUAUUAUCAUUGGUAUUAUCAUGUUUUACUUUGUUUCAAUUAACAAACUGUUCUUAUCUCAACCCAUGAGUUUUAUUUUCUUCAGAUUCUCCUACCUAUCCUGCCAGGGGAGGAGGGCGGGGAGGGAGUGAGCUGUAUGGUACUUGGUUGCUGGUGGGGUUAAAUCACAACAGCAACACUAAAUUCAAAACAAACACAGGACACAAAGCUCUCUGCACUCGAGAUUCAAACUCCCUUAUUUCCAGCACCCAGAACAGAGUAUCAGCCAGCAGGAGUGGCUCACGUUCCCCUGAUAGCAACAGAAGGUUACUAUGUCAUAAGGCCAUUUCCCAGCAGGUAUGCUUUGGAGCAUUGGAAACAUUCCCUAGCUUGUGACACAAUGUAUUUUGUGAUGCCACCUGACAUUUCGGUGUCUCUAACCCUACUGCGUUUCCACCAAGAAAUGGAGAAACCUUCUGCUAAAAUCUGUACCGUGCUGCUGGUCCAUAUAGAAAGUGCAGACAGUGGUGUUUCUCAUGCCGAGGGGGUGCCAGCUCAGCCGGCCAGGACAGCACCGGUGACAUGUACCCUGCCACAUUGAUGCUGAACGCCGCAAACUUUUCAUCUCGGCCGGCGCCAUAGGCUCACUGCCUGAACCCUUGCCAUACAACGAGCAAACCUGAACCCCAAUUUUCGCAGUAAAAGCAGCGGGGCCUCUGGCAGGCACAUCAUGAGCAUUCCCCUUUGGUCGGGCCCGGGGGUCACC